UUUUACCCUGUUUUGAUUUCAACCCGUCCAGUUGGUGGCGGCAAUACAACUUUUUAGGUAGUAGUCUGCCAUAAAACCCACAGAAGAAGAAGAGGCAGACGAGUGGCACGCACGAUUGAGUGGAGGGGCCCGUUUUAAAGGGAAACCAAUGUUGAGAUAGCUGCAGGCAUUGAGCGUCAUAACACAAGCAGUGUGCCAUCCCCCUGUCUUCCUUUCAUGCCCCCCCCAUGUCUGUCCUCCCUGCCUGUUAGUGUCCCCACCUUGUCCCCUCAUUGUCUGCCUUGUCCAGCCUGAAGCCCUCCUCUCCCUCAUGCUUUGAACAAAGACAGCACACUGCCAGUCCAAUGACUGCCUGGAUCGUCUUGCCUGUCAGCCUCUCUGCCUUCUCCAUCACAGGAAUAUGGAUAGUCUACGCCAUGGCUGUGAUGAAUCAUCACGUUUGUCCUGUGGAGAACUGGUCCUACAAUGUGACAUGUACAGAGGAGAUGGCCAGGCCAGGCUUCCCUAAGACGUGCUGCACCAUACAGGACAUCCCCCUCAUCAGUAAAUGUGGCUCCUUCCCUCCUGAGAGCUGUCUGUUCAGUCUGAUCGGGAACGUCGGAGGCUUCAUGGUGGUGAUGGUGUGCCUUCUGCGCUAUGCCCAGGUGAUUGAGCACAGCCACGGUUGCUGGAUUAACACCAAUGCCCUGUUGUCUGGCUGCACCAAUGCUGUAGGACUGGUCAUGGUGGGAAACUUCCAGGUUGACCAUGCGAAGUCUCUGCACUACGUUGGCGCGGGCGUGGCAUUCCCUGCAGGUCUGCUCUUCGUGUGCUUGCAGUGUGUUCUCACUUACCGGAUGGCCAUCACCGCCCUUGACUACUGGAUGGCACACGUCCGUGUAGCGCUGGCCGCAGGAGCCCUGGUCUCACUUGUCCUUAGUGGUAUCUUCUUCAUCCACGAGAGCUUUGUUCUCCAGCACGCAGCAGCCAUCUGCGAGUGGGUCUUCACCGUGGACAUCCUUGUCUUCUACGGCACCUUCACCUAUGAGUUUGGCACGGUCACCAACGACACCAUGAUGGUCGGCCUGCAGCAGACCCACCACCACUCUGGGGUCAUGAUGGGCGGCACGGCCGGGGCCAUGUCGCUGGGCAUGGGAGCCAAGGGUCUAAAGUCCCCUGGAGGAAGCAGCACAUCCACCCAUCUCAACUGCACCCCAGAGAGCAUAGCCAUGUUGUAGCUCUGCAGGGGCCAAGGAGAUCACCACACUGCUGCAGAGGGGAACCACCACACAGGCAGCUGGAGUCGAUGAUGACACUGGCCAGCCAGAGGGAGGAGACAAGACAUUGAAAAUCACAAGAUAUGAUUGACGCACCGGGUCGGUAUUGCUGUAUUGGGUUUUUGUGUUUUAAUAAGCCAUCCGCUUCUCCACUACGGUCGAAUUUCUGUCGCUUCAUCAGCAGAAAGGAACACUUACACAAAGAAUACAUAUCUGGGAUGAUGAGGGGCGAUGAUGCUGUGACUGUUUCCAAGAUGGCUACUGGCCUCUCUGCACUCUGACAUGAUACCUUCUUUCUUAAAGAUCAGUGUUUGAACAGUCACUGAGGCUUUUGCCAGUGUUCAUCCUUGUCAUGUUGGGAUGACAGAUACAAAAUAAGGUUUAUUUUAUAUGCCAACUUUUGUUUUCUGCCACAUUUGACAGACUUCCUCUACCUGGCCAUGGCUUGUGGUGGGGCCCGGUCUCAUGCAAUUCAACUCUGCACGCUACAAUUUGAAUGAGAGAGUAGAGUGUGUCGUUGGAUUGACCAGACUGAGUUUUUUAUUUAUUUUGUCUGUACUCUGCCAAUGUUAAUGCAUCGUAAUAGAAAAUAUUGAAUGUUUGAGAAGUGGAACUAUAGAUUGUAUACUGUUAUGUACAUGACAGUUCAGCCUGGCCUCAGAGCAAUACGAAAUGUACUAAAUGUAUUUCUGAGCACCUCCAAGACAUAUGAUACCUACUAAUGGUUUAGUUACUUGACACAAACUAAAGUAGGGAGGUUGGUCAAAGAGGAUGGGUGGGUGUAACCCGUGACAGACCAGCAAGCCAAAGGUUGCAUGUUUUAGAAACGUAAGGGACAACUAUAGCAUUUUAGCUAACCCUGAUUGUAAAUGUAACCAAAUCCACCUAACCUUUGUCAUUCGUUCCCCUAACUGCCAAUGUUAAUUAUCCUUUUAUGGUGCAACAAGCAACCUGGUCUCAAAUAAAGAUGUGCAAUACUA